AUGAAUCGUUUAUUCGACCUUAUCGGUCGCGUCCCUCAAGAGAGACUGAUAUUCCUUGGAGAUUACGUAGAUCGUGGCCCUCAAGGGGUUGAGGUUAUCAUUCUUCUAUUCGCGCUGAAACUUCGUUAUCGUGAUCGGAUCUUCUUGUUGCGAGGCAAUCACGAAACGCCGGCUGUCAAUAAGAUCUAUGGCUUCUACAACGAAUGCGUCAUGAAGUACGGUGCUGGAAUUUGGUGGGAUUUUCAGGCAUGCUUCAACAGAAUACCUCUUGCUGGACUCAUCUCUAAAAAGGUGGGUUUCUUGCCGGAUUCGCUAUGUCUAGACUAG